UUUCCACUGUCACGUGAGGGGACCGGGCCCCUCAGGCAGCGGGACCUGAAUGAGCGACGCGAAGAGGCCAAUCACAGGCCAGCCCCGCAGGCCACGUGAUGAGAGAGCUGGCGCUAGGAAAGGGGGGCUGGAGACCCCGCAGACUCGAUGCGUCAGAUGUACGGGGACCCCCUAUGCACCGAACCCAAUACGUUCAUUCCCCAUAUGAUCGUCCUGGUUGGAACCCUCGGUUCUGCAUCAUCUCGGGGAACCAGCUUCUCAUGCUGGAUGAGGAUGAGAUACACCCCCUUCUGAUCCGGGACCGGAGGAGCGAGUCCAGCCGCAACAAACUGCUGAGACGCACAGUCUCCGUGCCGGUGGAGGGGCGGCCCCACGGCGAGCAUGAAUACCACUUGGGUCGCUCGAGGAGGAAGAGCGUCCCAGGGGGGAAGCAGUACAGCAUGGAGGCCGCCCCCGCUGCACCCUUCCGGCCCUCGCAAGGCUUCUUGAGCCGGAGGCUAAAAAGCUCCAUCAAACGCACGAAGUCACAACCCAAACUUGACCGGACCAGCAGCUUUCGCCAGAUCCUGCCUCGCUUCCGAAGUGCUGACCAUGACCGGGCCCGGCUGAUGCAGAGCUUUAAGGAGUCGCACUCUCAUGAGUCCUUGCUGAGUCCUAGCAGUGCGGCUGAGGCCUUGGAGCUCAACUUGGAUGAAGAUUCCAUCAUCAAGCCAGUGCAUAGCUCCAUCCUGGGCCAGGAGUUCUGUUUUGAGGUAACAACGUCAUCAGGAACAAAAUGUUUUGCCUGUCGUUCUGCGGCCGAAAGGGACAAAUGGAUCGAGAAUCUACAACGGGCAGUAAAACCCAACAAGGACAACAGCCGCCGGGUGGACAAUGUGUUGAAGCUGUGGAUCAUAGAGGCCCGGGAGUUGCCCCCUAAGAAGCGGUACUACUGUGAGCUCUGCCUGGACGACAUGCUGUAUGCCCGCACCACCUCCAAGCCCCGCUCGGCCUCAGGGGACACCGUCUUCUGGGGCGAGCACUUUGAGUUUAACAACCUGCCAGCGGUCCGUGCCCUGCGGCUGCAUCUCUACCGUGACUCAGACAAAAAGCGCAAGAAGGACAAGGCGGGCUAUGUCGGCCUGGUGACUGUGCCCGUGGCCACCCUAGCUGGGCGCCACUUCACAGAGCAGUGGUACCCUGUAACCCUGCCAACAGGCAGCGGGGGCUCCGGGGGCAUGGGGGGCUCAGGAGGGGGAGGGGGCUCAGGGGGUGGCUCAGGGGGCAAGGGCAAAGGAGGUUGCCCAGCUGUGCGGCUGAAAGCACGUUACCAGACAAUGAGUAUCCUGCCCAUGGAGCUGUAUAAGGAGUUUGCAGAGUAUGUCACCAACCAUUAUCGGAUGCUGUGUGCAGUAUUGGAGCCUGCCCUGAAUGUCAAGGGCAAGGAGGAGGUUGCCAGUGCACUGGUUCACAUCCUGCAGAGUACGGGCAAGGCCAAGGACUUCCUUUCGGACAUGGCCAUGUCUGAGGUGGACCGGUUCAUGGAACGGGAGCACCUCAUAUUCCGCGAGAACACGCUCGCCACUAAAGCCAUAGAAGAGUACAUGAGACUGAUUGGUCAGAAAUACCUCAAGGAUGCCAUUGGGGAAUUCAUCCGUGCUCUGUAUGAGUCUGAGGAGAACUGUGAGGUGGACCCCAUCAAGUGCACGGCGUCCAGUCUGGCAGAGCACCAGGCCAACCUGCGAAUGUGCUGUGAGUUGGCCCUGUGCAAGGUGGUCAACUCCCAUUGCGUGUUCCCGAGGGAGCUGAAGGAGGUGUUUGCAUCUUGGCGACUGCGCUGCGCAGAGCGGGGCCGGGAGGACAUCGCUGACAGGCUGAUCAGCGCCUCACUCUUCCUGCGCUUCCUCUGCCCAGCCAUUAUGUCGCCCAGUCUCUUUGGGCUCAUGCAGGAGUACCCAGAUGAGCAGACCUCACGAACCCUCACCCUCAUCGCCAAGGUCAUCCAGAACCUGGCCAACUUUUCCAAGUUUACCUCAAAGGAGGACUUUCUGGGAUUCAUGAAUGAGUUUCUGGAGCUGGAGUGGGGUUCCAUGCAGCAGUUCCUGUACGAGAUAUCCAACCUGGACACGCUGACCAACAGCAGCAGCUUUGAGGGUUACAUCGACUUGGGCCGAGAGCUCUCCACACUGCAUGCCUUGCUCUGGGAGGUGCUACCCCAGCUCAGCAAGGAAGCCCUCCUGAAGCUGGGCCCGCUGCCCCGGCUCCUCAAUGACAUCAGCACAGCUCUGAGGAACCCCAACAUCCAAAGGCAGCCAAGCCGCCAGAGCGAGCGGCCCCGGCCUCAGCCUGUGGUGCUGCGGGGUCCGUCAGCCGAGAUGCAGGGCUACAUGAUGCGGGACCUCAACAGCUCCAUCGACCUUCAGUCCUUCAUGGCUCGAGGCCUCAACAGCUCUAUGGACAUGGCUCGCCUCCCCUCCCCAACCAAGGAAAAGCCACCCCCACCGCCUCCUGGUGGGGGGAAAGACCUGUUCUAUGUCAGCCGUCCGCCUCUGGCCCGCUCCUCGCCAGCAUACUGCACGAGCAGCUCGGACAUCACAGAGCCAGAGCAGAAGAUGCUGAGUGUCAACAAGAGUGUCUCCAUGCUGGAUCUGCAGGGCGAUGGGCCUGGCGGCCGCCUCAACAGCAGCAGUGUGUCCAAUCUGGCGGCUGUUGGGGACCUGCUGCACUCGAGCCAGGCCUCCCUGACAGCGGCCCUGGGGCUGCGGCCUGCACCUGCUGGGCGCCUCUCCCAGGGGAGUGGCUCGUCCAUCACUGCGGCUGGCAUGCGCCUCAGCCAGAUGGGCGUCACCACGGACGGUGUCCCUGCCCAGCAACUGCGCAUCCCCCUCUCCUUCCAGAACCCUCUCUUCCAUAUGGCUGCUGAUGGGCCAGGCCCCCCAGGAGGCCACGGAGCGGGUGCUGGCCACGGCCCACCUUCCUCCCAUCACCACCAUCACCACCACCACCACCACCGAGGUGGAGAGCCCCCAGGAGACACCUUCGCCCCAUUCCAUGGCUAUAGCAAGAGUGAGGACCUCUCCUCAGGGGUCCCCAAGCCCCCCGCUGCUUCCAUCCUUCACAGCCACAGCUACAGUGAUGAGUUUGGACCCUCUGGCACUGACUUCACCCGUCGGCAGCUCUCACUCCAGGACAACCUGCAGCACAUGCUGUCCCCUCCCCAGAUCACCAUUGGUCCCCAGAGGCCCGCCCCCUCAGGGCCUGGAGGUGGGAGUGGUGGUGGGGGCAGUGGUGGGGGUGGCGGGGGCCAGCCGCCUCCGUUGCAGAGGGGCAAGUCUCAGCAGUUGACAGUCAGCGCUGCCCAGAAACCCCGGCCAUCCAGCGGGAAUCUAUUGCAGUCACCGGAGCCGAGUUACGGCCCUGCCCGUCCACGGCAACAGAGCCUCAGCAAGGAGGGCAGCAUUGGGGGCAGCGGGGGCAGCGGUGGCGGAGGGGGUGGGGGGCUCAAGCCCUCCAUCACCAAGCAGCACUCUCAGACGCCAUCCACGCUGAACCCCACGAUGCCAGCCUCCGAGCGGACAGUGGCCUGGGUCUCCAAUAUGCCUCACCUGUCAGCUGACAUCGAGAGUGCCCACAUUGAGCGGGAAGAGUACAAGCUGAAGGAGUACUCAAAGUCGAUGGAUGAGAGCCGGCUGGACAGGGUGAAGGAGUACGAGGAGGAGAUCCACUCACUGAAGGAGCGGCUGCACAUGUCUAACCGGAAGCUGGAAGAGUAUGAGCGGAGGCUGCUGUCCCAGGAAGAACAGACCAGUAAAAUCCUGAUGCAGUAUCAGGCCCGGCUAGAGCAGAGCGAGAAGAGGCUGAGGCAGCAGCAGGUGGAGAAGGACUCGCAGAUCAAGAGCAUCAUUGGCAGGCUGAUGCUGGUGGAGGAGGAGCUGCGCCGGGACCACCCCGCCAUGGCUGAGCCGCUGCCUGAACCCAAGAAGAGGCUGCUCGACGCUCAGGUGGAGAGGCAGCUUCCCCCCUUGGGUCCAACAAACCCGCGUGUGACGCUGGCCCCACCUUGGAACGGCCUGGCCCCCCCAGCCCCGCCCCCCCCACCCCGGCUGCAGAUCACCGAGAACGGCGAGUUCCGAAACACCGCAGACCACUAGCCCACCCAGCAUCACAGACCUUCUUCUCCCUCCCCAUGCACCCCACCCUGGAACAGCACCAACCACCAGGACUGGACGUCGCCGAGGGACAGCGGGAUUGCCUCCCUAAAUGCCUCCUUGGGGGGCACCAAUCCCCCACCCCCACUGCACCAUUUCCAGGAGGGAGAGUGGGGACCCUUAGCUGCCCCCUUUUCCUUCCUGUUGGGGUGCUGCCCCCUGUGACCCCCAGGGACCCUUGCCCCAGGACACCACCUACCCCACACAGACCCCUUCACUCCGGGGUGCUAUCCCCAUCCUCUGCCUCAUCGUUCCCCUGAGCACUGGGGGACAGACCCUCGCCCCCACCCUGGGGGUGCGGCACCUCCAAACUUUCAACUUCAGGGUGAUUUUUUAGCAGUAACCAGAGCUGACAAUCUAACUCCCCUCCACCGCCCCAUUUUGGCCUCCCCUGUCCCCCUUGUUAUGGGGAGGGGACCCCGGGUGAGGGGGCCCUAUUACCCCUUGAUUUCUCAGGAGCGUCUGGGGGGGCUCAGCACGCACAAACUCCUUCUCCUCCUACCACUCUUAAAUUUACUCCCUCCCCACCCAGAACCCAGAUGGGGUGGAGGGGCCACCGGGGCAGGGAGGGGGCGGCAAGGGGGGAAUGGGAGUUGUCUCCCCUUCCUCCCACACCUGAUCUGCUCUUGGCUGGUCCCAGAGCGGGGUGAGGGGGCUUAUGCCCCCCCCCUCCCCCAGUGUGUUGGGUGGGGUGGAAUUGAGGUUAGGGUGAAGGGUUAGGGUUUAGGAGGGUGUGUAUGUUGGGGAGGACAGACUAGUUGAUCUGCCCUACCCUAACACAUACAGUCCCCCCUGCCCCUCCCCUCUCUCUUCUUGGUCUCUACUCCCAGGGGGAGGGGGGAACUUACUCUAGGAAAAGCCAUGUCUCUCUCCCCCAGGGUGGGGGGACCUGUGUUGGAGGGGGGGGGUGUUGGGGGCCCCCUUCCAUGACUCUGUCCCCCCGGGGGGAGGCAGGACAGGGCUGGGCUUCCCUCUCAUCCUCCCCCCCUCCCCAAUCUCCCUCCACCUCCCUCCUUCCCUCCCGCCAGCUCCACAAUUUUUCGGUGUUUCUCUGUAUAUAGCUCUCUGGCGGGAUAGGGGAGGUAGGAUGGAUGGGGUUUGGGGUGGGUAGGUCAUGGGAGGGGUGAAGCCCCUCCUUGGCACCCCCUCUUCCCUGACUGCUGUCCCCUACCCAGCCUUGCCCCCUCAUCCCUUCUUGCGUUUGGUAUUGAGACUCUGUUCCCAGACUCCACCCUUCUUUCUUUUGUAUGGACAGUUCCCCUUCAGUCCCAUUCCCCUACACACAUACACCCAGCCGGGGCCAAGUUUAUACUUAUAUAAAAGUUGUAAAUAUGUGAUAUUUUAUCCCUGUGCCCUUUCCUUGCUUUCCCAACCCCAGACCCUACCCCUGAGCCCCACCCCCUCCUCUCUUCUUUGGCUGUUGUAAUUAUCUGGGAUUUGUACUGUACAUAUCCGGGGUGUGUGUGUGGGGGCUGGGGGCAACCCCUCUGUACAGAGCUUCCUGGCCCCCUCCCCUCCACGCUUCCCUCUCCCCCACCCCCCUAAGGGUAGGGAGAUGCUCUUCCUACCUGUUUUAUUUUGUUUUCUCGUUCUCCCUCCCCACCCCACCCCACUCCCAGCCUUCUCUAUCCCCCCUCACUGUCCCUUUUUCUCCACUCCCAGCCCCAUUUCCUUUUUUUCUGGAGUGUGUGGUGAAACAGAAAAAUCAUGUUUAAUAAACGGAGAUUGUUCUUUUA